UUCAAGAUGUCCUGCCAGCAAAACCAGCAGAGGUGCAAGCUCCCUGUCAAGUGCCUCCCCAAGUGUUCACCCAAGUGGCCACUUCAAGCCCCACAGGCCCCACAGACCCCACAGGCUUCCCAGGGCCUGCAGGCCUCUGCUCCUUGCCCAGCUCCCCGCCCAGCUGCCUGCCCCCCACCUGCUCCCUCUUGCUGUGUCCCCAAUUGCUGUAUCACUGGCUUCGGAAGCAGCUGCUCUCUGGGAUAUCAUGGGUUUCCAGGAGUCUGUCUAGGCCAGCCCCAGCCUUCCAGCUGGGAGAGGGAGUCCCCUGGGUGCUCCAGUUGUUGCCAUGGAUUUGGGGGCUGCAGCUGACCUUCAGGUUUUGAGGAGCCAAAGAUCCAUGGCCAAAGACAAGCCUGGAGUUGACAACUUUUCUCACUCUCAUCUUGUUCUCCCUUCUCCUCCUGAACUAAGUUGCCUAGAUAUGUACUUAAAGGGCUACUCUUUUUGUUGAGAACCUCAGACUUUGUGGCCUUGGCUUUGGUCCUACAUCAAGGAGACCUGAAUGCUACA